AUGCCAACCAAAUCAAAGAAACCGUCUGUGGAGAUCAAGCCAGAGUUCGAGCUGCCCGCACAAGGCUCAGAGCCUCCUCGAAAGAAGAAAAAGAAGAAUGCACCAGACAAACUACAACCAGAAUGGAUGUUUCCUCCAGAUGAAGAGAAUCCAGUCAUAAAUCCGAAGCCAAAGUCAGAGGCCCACAGAAGCAAAGAUGAGAAGGAAAGAGACCAGGCUAUCAGAUUCUUGCAGUACGCAUCAGUCAACGCACCAAUGAAGGCUCCACCUCCGGAUCUACUGCUCAGCCUUGUGGGGGCAUUUCUAAGUUCUUACGGUUUCCACCACACUUCGCGCCUUUACACCACUCAAUUACAAUCAAGGAAGAAGCUAGAUGCAUGGAAGAUUGAGCUAGGGGCCAAGCUGCCGAAAGGGUUCCCAGACCUGGUCAAGAUCUUCAAAGAAUGGUACAAGGGUUACCAGGAAAAGCUACAAGUGGAAGAGACCAGUAGCAGCGAUAGUGACGAUAGCGACGACCCCAAGGCAGUCAAGAAGUCGAAAAAGGCCAAAAAGGCAAAAAAGGAAGUGAAAGCGGAAGCCAAGGCCAGUGAAGCUGCAGCGGCCAAGGUCAUUGCCAAAGACAUCACGAGUAGCAGUGGUAGUGGGAGCAGUGACGAGGAUGUAGAGAUGAAGGAUGCGACUCCAGCUCAGAAGCCCACCAAGAAGUCUAGCGAAUUGUCGAAGAUAAAGUCAUCAUCGAUAUCUACAUCACACUCAAGUUCGGACAGCGAUGCCGACGACGAGAAAGAAAAUGCUGGCGCACAGCUAGUUCUACAUACAGCUUCACCCAAGCCGACAGUCAACGGAUUAGUGAACAGCCUCAAGCGCAAAGCAAGCCCCGGUAUCUCUUCAAGCUCCGAAUCAAAAUCAGACUCCGACACUUCUUCCUCUGCAGGUCUCCAGGCAGUAUCAGGGAAAAAAGACGCAUCCAGCUCUAUCUUCAAUGUCAUCCCGCAGCCUCAAAAUAGCGUCCCAAUUUCCGAACCAUCUGCCGAGUCCUCCUCUUCUUCGGAUACCUCGUCAUCAGACAGCGGGUCUGCUGCCAAACCUGCCAAACCUGCCAAACCUGCCGCAGCUACCACAGCGAUCGCCAAAGCGGAGUCAGGACCUUCCUCAGAUAGCUCAUCAUCGGACAGCGAGUUUGAUAAUGGGGCUCCCAAAUCAACACUGACCACGACAACUACCACGAAGGCAGAAGCAUCCUCAUCCUCAUCCUCUUCGGAGUCAAUCUCAUCAGAUGGCGAGUCUUCAGAAGUCGAUUUCUCCAAGCCUCCGAAACCAACAGUCACCAAAACAACCAAAGUCGUGACCGCCAAGCCUACCCAAGUAUCCAGUGACUCCAGCGUAACUCUCCAGGCAAGCUCGGCGCAAAAACCCUCCGCAGCCAACACGAGCCUGUCAUCGACCUCUUCUUCCGAAUCCCUGACCUCAGCCGACCAACAGGCUGUUACCACCGUCACCACUACGACUACCAGCACAAAACGCAAGCGCUCAUCCUCUCCCACGCCUAAAGCCUCCAAGUUCACGAAGAAGCAGAACACGCCCUUCCAGCGCGUUCCUCAAGACACCCCCGUUGACCCUAAGAUGGCUUCGAAUGCGUACCGCUCUUACGACUAUGCGGAUAGGGCACAUCAGGAUCUGAGUGUGACGAAGGGAAAGGGCUUUACGAAGGAGAAGAAUAAGAAGAAGAGGGGGAGUUACAGGGGCGGAGCGAUUGAUGUUAGCGGGGGAAAGGGGGUCAAGUUCGUGGAUUGA